UCGCCAGGACAGUUGGUGCGUCGGUCGGAGAGGAAGGUUGAUACAAAGUGUCCUGUAGUGUAGAGUUUGCGAUAUAUAAGGAGCGCGGCGGAACCGAUGUGUAUUUCAGCCUGGGAGUCGGUGAGCGAACGAAGGAACGAAGGAAUGAAGCGCUUGCGAUCACUGUGCCGCAAUGAUUGAGCCGCGAAAGACCGCGACUGAAGAUCCUGGUUAAGAGACAUGCGAUGACUGGGUGGUGCCGUCACGAGGAUCGAUCGUUGGUUUCUCUGGAAUUUGUAAGAAGUUUCACUGAAGGACUGUGUGUGUAAAGAGUGCGUAAAGUGACCGGAGCGAACGAGGAGAAGAGUCGGACUCGUGCGUGACACCGGCGUUUAGUACCGAUCCGAUCUGCAGGAACUUCUGUAAUCAGUGCGGUGCGAAACGGAAGAGCAGUAAUAAUGUCUCUUUACAUCGAAGGACUGGGUGCGGUGGCGACUCCCUGCAGCAGGAUGGCGCAGUUCCAGGAAGUGAUGCGACAGCAGCUGGAGGCCUCCAUGGACAAGGAGCUGGAGAAGCUGCUGUCCGUGACGGAGGGCGCCGACGUUGAGGUCGCCAGGAAGGACUUCGAGGGCUUCAAGAAGCUCUUCCACCGCUUCCUGCAGGCCAAGGGUCCCUCGGUGGACUGGGCCAAGAUCCACCGGCCUCCCGAGGACUCGAUCCAGCCCUACGAGAGGAUCAAGGCGCGCGGUCUCCCCGACAACGUGUCCGACUGUCUGGACAAGCUGGUGGUGGUGAAGCUCAACGGGGGUCUGGGCACCAGCAUGGGCUGCAAGGGACCCAAGAGUCUGAUCAGCGUUCGCAACGAGAACACGUUCCUGGACCUGACGGUGCAGCAGAUCGAGCACCUGAACAAGACCUACAACACGGACGUCCCUCUGGUGCUCAUGAACUCCUUCAACACAGACGAGGACACCAAGAAGAUCCUGCAGAAGUACACACACCACAGGGUUAAGAUCCACACCUUCAACCAGAGCAGGUACCCGCGCAUCAACAAAGAAUCCUUGUUGCCCAUGGCGACGGAUCUGGGAACGAUGGGUGAAAAUGCGGACGCCUGGUACCCUCCGGGCCACGGCGAUAUCUAUCCCAGUUUCUACAACUCGGGGCUGUUGGAGCAGCUGAUCUCCGAGGGCAAGGAGUACAUCUUCGUCUCCAACAUUGACAAUCUGGGCGCCACCGUGGACCUGUACAUCCUCCACUUCCUGAUGAGCCAGCCCAACGGCAAGCGCUGCGAGUUCAUCAUGGAGGUGACGGAUAAGACCAGGGCCGACGUCAAGGGGGGGACGCUCAUCCAGUACGACGGAAAGUUGCGGCUCCUGGAGAUCGCGCAGGUGCCCAAGGCCCACGUGGAUGAGUUUAAGUCCGUCACCAAGUUCAAGAUCUUCAACACCAACAAUCUGUGGAUCUCGCUGAGUGCCAUCAAGAGGCUGCAGGAGCAGAGCGCCAUGGACAUGGAGAUCAUCGUGAACCCCAAGACCCUGGACGGUGGGCUCAACGUGGUCCAACUGGAAACGGCGGUGGGCGCUGCCAUCAAAAGCUUUGACAACGCGCUGGGCAUCAACGUCCCGCGCAGCCGCUUCCUGCCCGUGAAGACCACGUCGGACCUGCUGCUUGUCAUGUCCAACCUCUACAGCAUGGAUGCUGGAUCACUUACAAUGAGCGAGAAGCGCGAGUUUCCCACCACGCCCCACGUCAAGCUGGGCAGUUCCUUCACCAAGGUGCAGGAGUACCUGAGCAGGUUCGAGAGCAUUCCUGACAUGCUGGAGCUGGACCACCUGACCGUGUCUGGGGACGUGACUUUUGGAAAAAACGUCUCUCUCAAGGGAACGGUCAUCAUCAUCGCGAACCACGGCGACCGCAUCGACAUCCCAGCAGGUGCUAUGCUGGAGAACAAGAUUGUGUCGGGAAACCUGCGCAUCCUGGACCACUGAGGCUGCUCAGGGGGGAGCAGCACUGAUGGACAGCGGGGCAGCAAGACGGUUGUCAUUUUUCCACCUCCUUGUAAUUUAGAUUUUUUGCUUGGCCCCACAUCCCAGUGGCAUGGCCGGGGGCGGGUUGUUGGACCAGAUUUCAGUGCAGUCGGGGUGAAGCUCCUCCCUCGUGCAGAGCUGUCUUGCCACUGAACCUGAAUAAAGUGCAAUAUGGAGCUGUCCUCUGUGCUCUAUUGCUCAUAAAACAUAAUACAGAGAACAUGUGCUCUGCCUACCACUGUUUAUCCGACACAGACGACAACCAUUUUACCCCAGUUAACUGAAUACAGUUACAUUUGUACAGAACAGCAGCGUAAACCUUCUCUCACACAGACACGAGGCAGGGUAGUCACUAGUUCACCUGCAAAUCCUCUCUUCAGACUGGAGGAGAGGAAACACAUCAUGCAAACUCCAUACCCC